CGUGUGUUUGCGAGCGCUCGUGUAUAUAAGUUUCCCGCGCUUUCCAGCAGACGCACAACUGAAGCAUCUGGUGACUGGAGAAGAUCUACACCAUGUCUCGCCUUCACGUUAUUCUUUUGGCAGUCGUGAUCGCCGGGGUCGUCGGCCAGCACGGGCACGACACCGACCAGCCGGCCACCUUCGACUGCCACAAGAACGGACUUUUCCCCGACUACCAACGCCACUGCCAGGCCUACUACCGCUGCGAGAACGGAGAGCAGACCACAUACGGGUGUCCUGAUGGCCAAAUCUUCACCACCAAGUUCAACAAGUGCAUGUCAACCAGCGUUGCAACGUGUGACUAACCUGGGCUCCAGGAUGAUGACGUCUCUAGUUAAUGACGUCAGACUUAAGGUACUGAAUUCAUUGGUACGUGUCUGAGACAUGUAGCGGGAUGUCAGAGCUGUUGCAAUAAAGUCAUAUCAUGUGUA